AUGGAAUUAACCAGCAUCAAAAGCCUCCCUCACGAGAUUAUCGGCAAGAUCGCUGAUAAUCUUGAUGUCAAGGACAUCGUCAACUUCUCCCGCACCAAUGUCGGGGUAAACCGUGCCAUCCAGCACCAGCUCAAAUCUGCCGCCUUCGGUCAUGCCUUCGCUCCCGAAGAUUACUACGCCAAUGCCAUCAUCUUUCGGAACGGCCAAGCGGUCCUAGACGAGAACAUGGCGUUCGAGGCACCCCGAGAACCCAUGGUCAAGGCCAUUAAAGAAGACAAUGUCGACGCAGUCAAAGGUUUCUUGGACGCCGGUGUCCGCGUUGACGAGUAUUCGAUCCAUGGUGAGAGACUGCUUUAUACCGCGGUGAAAUAUAGAGCUUACAAUGUGACCCAGCUCCUGCUUGACCGAAACACGAGCCCCAACCUGUACAACCUCGCUUCUCAGAAUGCCCCGCUGGUCGCGGCGGCGGCGAUCAACGACGAGCAUCUUAUCAAAGCCCUCAUUAAGGAGGGCGCGGACAUCAACGCCCCCAACACCGUCGCCACGAUCCUCCAGAACUGCAGCCUCGGCAUGCUCCGCUUCGCCCUCCAAAACAACGCUAUUCUCGCGGAAGUCGACGAAGGAGACAUCCGUUUCCCCGUGCCCGGAAUCCCCCCCUUCCACCACGCCGCCGUGAACAAGUCCCACCCGGAUGUCCUACGCUUUCUUCUCCGCUACAUCCCCGAGCAACUCAACUACUUGGACGACCAAUUCGGCCGCAACGCUCUCUGGGUCGCCGUGAGGGAACGUAACACCAACGCAAUCAUCGACCUCCUCGCCGCCGGCAUCAACAUCAACCAGCGCGACAUUAUCGGCGAAAACGUCAUGCAUUACUAUCUGCAGUACUUUGCGGACACCAACAUCCCUUUCCGUCUGUUUGAAUACGGCAUCGACGUCGGCCUCCCCGGCCGGAACGGCAUGACGGAGCUGCACUAUGCGGCGGAGCUAGGCGCCGAGGGUGUCGUUCAGAUGCUGAUUGAAGAGGAGGUGUUUGUGGACGCUCAGGACGCGCAGGGCCGCACGGCGUUGCAUUGGGCCGUGCGCGGUAACCAUGAUCGUGUUGUGCGUCUUCUUGUGGAGGAGGGAUGGGCCUUUUUGAAUAUUACCGAUGUCUGGAACAAUACGCCGAUGGAUAUUGCGCAUAACAAGGAAUAUCGUGAGAUUUGGACCUAUCUCUCGCUCAAGACGCAGGAGUUGACCAUGCCAUCGUUAUUUGCUUCAUCGGGUAUCAAGUUUGUGCAAGGCGAGUUUAGUGCUGUGGUCUGA